CGAUGUUUACAGGAAGACAAAGUACUGAGCUGUAUUGAGUGUAUUUUUUUAAACGACUUAGAAUGGCAAACAAGCUGACGGCCCACCUGAUGGAAAGUGGUAACCGUCGCCAUGAGCAGACAUGAGCAGUACCAUGGACAUAACAGUACACACACAUACUGCUUUGCCCAUGAUACCCUCCAUGCGUUGCCAUUCCUGAGGACUUAGGUGUUAUUCCUCUGUAUCUGUAAAUUCACGCCAUAUCCCACCCUUCAAACCGAAACACAGCCAUGCAAACACAACUGCUUUACGGUUGAAACAUGAAUGGGACAGAGGUACCCAAGCAAUCGAAUUUUGUACAAAGUCUCCCUCUGGUAAAGGUAUACAUUUACUCUGAAAAUGUAAACAAAACAGUAAUGGAGACCAUUAAAAGAUCGUCUAACAACAAUAAUGGUGACAAUAAUAGAAAAUCUUUUUUUUGCGGGUAGCUACGCAACGCCUAACACGAAAAAAUACGUGUCUCACUUUUAAUAAUUAUUAUAAUUAAUAUCAACUAUUUGUUUCAUAAGUUUUCAUAUGAAUUUAUAAUCGGACUGUGAUAUCUACCUGCUGAUCUAUUAUCUCCUCUCGUUUCUGCACUGAUUUUAUUAUUAUGGAAGCACUACACACUACAAUGGCAGCAUUGAUGGAGCAUUUCAAUAAGAAAAUGGCCGAGUUUCAAAAUGAACUGCAAACUCAAAAGGAAAGUACCACUCCUACCACUAUUUCUUCACUGGAAUCUAAUUUUAAGGUAUUCCAAAAGUUUGUCAACAUUGCACUUACUAGCCUCCAGCAGCAGAUGGAAUUGCUUACUCGCCAACAAGAUCAGAUGGAGAUGCGUAGUCGACGUAAAAUGCUGUUAUUCCAUGGUAUUCCUGAGUCUCAAAGAGAAUCUGUUUCUCAAGUGAUAUCAAAGAUCAUUGUGGAGAAACUUGACAUCAGUGACUUCUCUGCUGACCAAAUUGGCCAAUCUCGUCGAUUAGGUCUUUUUAAAAAAGAAAAAUCACGACCUAUCUUAGUAAAAUUUAGAGACUUGGAGAUGAGGAAUGAAGUGUGGUAUUCUAAAACGAAGCUCAAAGGUUGUGGCAUCACUGUGUCGGAAUUCUUAACGGCAGUGAGACACGAAGCCUUUUUAGCUGCUAGACAACACUUCGGCAUAAAAAAAUGCUGGACUCAUGAUGGAGUUGUUAUCAUCACUGGUACAGAUGGAACGAGGCAUCGCAUAACUUCUAUGAGUGAGAUAAAUAAACUAGUGAACUCGUCGCAAAGUUUGGCUGCAGAAGCUUCAUCAAACCAGAGUACAUCCACAUGUUCCACGGUUCCUGCGUCUCGAGCAAAGCGCGUAAAAAAGUAGUGAUUGCUCAAGCAUAAUUUACAAACUUUACCUACAUUACUGCUUUGCGUUAUUAGUUACAAUUAAAUUAUGCACUUGAAAAGAGAUCUUGCCUUACAGAGUACCUACUUUAAAUUGUUUAAUAAGUGUUCUACCCACGUUUGUGUUAUUUUAUUUUGUGAUGUCAUUUUAUUGUAAAGGAUGGUAGAUCAAAAUUUCUUGUUUACAAUUGUUAUAACUGUAUUGUCAUUUCAUUCUAUCAUCACGUGUAUUGUAAAUGACAGUUUUGUUAUAUUUCUUUGUAGGAUCUUUUUUAUAGUGACUUCGCAUCUUGUGUAUUUGCUAAACGCAAAGCAUUAAGCUGUAAUUAAGAGUUAUUACAUUUUAUAC